CACCUCAUUCCUUCUUUUCCUUUUCCUCAUUUCUACAAAAAGGAGCUGGGUGUUUGGCUCUGAGGCUCCAGCACCUACCGUAGGCUUCGCCAACUCCUUUUCCUCACAACCACAGGGGUGUUCCUUCCCAUUGGAGGGAAUCGAGUCCUAACAUCUGCUCUUUAAGGAGGAGUCAAGACACAGAGUGGUGGGGUCCUAAUCCUUCCUAUUCCUCCUGGGCUGUCAUUUUCUCAUUUCCAAUUUCUGCUCCCACAGGCAAUGACACCUUCUCCACUAGCCAGACCCCCUGAUGGGGGCUGGGGCUGGGUGGUGGCAGGCUCCGCAUUUGUGGUGAACGGGCUCUCCUAUGGGCUGCUCCGAUCCUUGGGCCUUGCUCUCCCUGCCUUAGCAGAGUACUUUGACCAAAGUACCCAAGACACUUCGUGGAUCAGUGCCAUCACUCUGGCUGUGCAGCAGGCUGCCAGCCCAGUGGGCAGUGCCCUGAGUACACGUUGGGGGGCACGUCCUGUGGUGAUGGUAGGAGGUCUCAUCACUUCCCUUGGCUUCAUUCUCUCAGCCUUUGCCAGCAGCCUCCUGCACCUCUACCUCAGCCUUGGCCUUCUCGCGGGCUCUGGCUGGGCUCUGGUGUUUGCCCCAGCCCUGGGUACCGUUUCUCGAUACUUCUCCAAGCGCAGGGUCCUGGCUGUGGGGCUGGCCCUGACUGGCAACGGGGUAGCCUCCUUGCUCCUGGCCCCAGUUCUACAACUCCUCCUCGAUGCCUUUGGUUGGCGAGGCGCCCUGCUCCUGCUUGGGGCCACCACCCUCCAUCUCACCCCCUGUGGGGCCCUGCUCCGGCCCUUGCCUCUCUCUGGAGAUCCUAUUACCCCACCCCACAGUCCCCUUGAUGCUCUUGGUCUCACCCUGUUCACCCACUCUGCCUUUGCUGUGUUUGCACUGGGCACAACCCUGGUGGGCCUUGGCUAUUUCAUUCCCUAUGUGCACCUUGCCCCCCAUGCUCUGGACCUUGGGCUUGGAGGAUAUGGGGCAGCUCUAGUGGUUGCUGGGGCAGCAGUAGGGGAUGCGGGAACCCGACUGGUCUCUGGGUGGCUGGCAGACCAUGGCUGGAUCCCUCUCCCACGAUUGCUGGCCAUGACUGGGGCACUGACUGGGCUGGGGCUGGUGGCAGUGGGGUUAGUGCAGGAACAAGAAGAAGGGUGGGGGGGACCCCUACUGGCAGCAGCCGGAGCUUAUGGAAUGAGUGCAGGUGCAUUUGCUCCACUGGUAUUUGGUGUUCUUCCUGGUCUUGUAGGGCUUGGGGGCAUCUUGCAGGCCACAGGGCUGGUGAUGAUGCUGAUGAGCCUGGGAGGACUCCUAGGUCCACCACUUUCAGGUUUCCUUCGGGAUGUGACAGGUGACUUUAAAGCUUCCUUCCUUGUCUGUGGCUCCUUCAUCCUUUCUGGCAGCUUCAUCUACUUGAUGCUCCCUGGUGCCCUGCCUCCCUGUCAUCCUACUCCGCCUCCUCCAACCCCUUCUGCUGAGCAGGGAGAACUCCUUCCCUCUCCUGAAAGUGCCCUGGGUUCCCCAAAAGAUCCUCAUUCCUUUUCAAAUACUAAUUGUUGACUCCUUAUUCUUUCCCCUUUCCCUCCAAAUAAAAUUACUACCAACUC